CUGAAGAGGCUCCGCCCCUUCACCCGCCUUCUUCCAGUAGGCAAUACUUUUUUUUGGCCCUCCUUUAAAAGUCUCGCGAUAGGCCACCCGCUUCCCAUAACUCCGUGCGCUCGCCCCUCCCGUCCUCUUUCCGCCAUCUUUCCGCGCCGCCAUAAUGGUGCGCAUGAAUGUCCUGGCAGAUGCUCUCAAGAGCAUUAACAAUGCUGAAAAGAGAGGCAAACGCCAGGUGCUUAUUAGGCCAUGCUCCAAAGUCAUCGUGCGAUUUCUGACUGUGAUGAUGAAGCAUGGUUACAUUGGCGAAUUUGAAAUCAUCGAUGAUCACAGAGCUGGGAAAAUUGUUGUGAACCUCACAGGCAGGUUAAACAAGUGUGGAGUGAUCAGCCCCAGGUUUGAUGUACAACUCAAAGAUCUAGAAAAAUGGCAGAAUAAUCUGCUCCCAUCCCGCCAGUUUGGUUUCAUUGUACUGACAACCUCAGCUGGCAUCAUGGACCAUGAAGAAGCAAGACGAAAACACACAGGAGGGAAAAUCCUGGGAUUCUUUUUCUAGGGAUGUAAUACGUUCAUACAAAUAAAAUGCCUCACUGGACUCUA